CUGGGCAAAGUCGGAUCGGUGUUGUAAAGAAAGAAGCAAAGGCCGUCCUUAGCCUUUCCAUUCUAUUGCUCCUUCACUCACUCUCGAUCUCAGCCGCGAAACAAAAAGCUUUCUUCUCUUCUCUUCCAAAGGCAAAUCGACAAUUAUAAAAGUUUCUCCGCCAAAUCUCUCCAAAACCCUUUCUCUCGAACUCGGUUGUUUCUUCUUCUACUGCGUUCGUCUUCAUCUUCUUACGAACUCGGUAGUUUCUUCCAUCCUGCCAUGGCCGACGGCAAGUUCGAUCUCCCUGACGAUCUCAUCCUUUCUAAAUCUUCCGAUCAGUUGAAAGAAUUAGCCUCCUCAGAUAACAGCAUUCCUUUGUCUCCCCAGUGGCUUUACACGAAGUCAAACGAUAACAAGAUGGAUGUUCGAUCUCCUACUCCUGUGCCCACGGGAAAUCCAAGCGACCCAAAUCUCAAGGAUGCAUGGCGCUUGGAUGCCCCCGAAGACAAAAAGGACUGGAGGAAAAUUGUCCCUGAGAACGAAACUAGUCGCAGAUGGCGUGAAGAGGAAAGAGAAACUGGUUUACUCGGUGUCAGGAAGACCGAUCGCAGAAAAACAGAACGCCGCAUCGACAAUGUCUCAAGCAGAGAAACUGCUGACACUAAAAUUACUCCUUCUUCUGAUAGGUGGCAUGAUGUUAGUUCUCGUGCUGCUGCACAUGAACCUCGGCGCGACAACAAAUGGUCAUCUCGCUGGGGUCCUGAUGACAAAGAGAAAGAAACCCGUAUCGAGAAGGUAGAUAACAACAAGGACAAGGAAGCGCCUCCUAGUGAUAGUCAAUCUGUGGUUAGCACCAUCCGUGCAACUUCUGAACGGGACUCUGACCCUCGUGACAAAUGGAGGCCACGUCAUAGGUUGGAAUCCCAGGCUGGUGGGCCGACUUCUUAUCGCGCUGCACCUGGGUUUGGACUUGAUAGAGGGCGAGCCGACGGCCCAAAUUUAGGGUUCACUGUAGGCCGAGGAAGGGCAUCUGCAGUUGGGAGGGGUUCUUCAACCUCCUUAAUUGGUGCUGGUGCAUGUACUUUCUUAGGAAAUGAAAGUAUUCCUGUUGACCAGUGCACUUCUGCCUCUCUGUUUCGGUAUCCAAGGGGUAAGUUGCUUGACAUGUAUAGAAAACAAAAGGCUGAUUCUUCCCUAGGUAGGAUACCGACUGAGAUGCAGGAAGUUGCCUCCAUUACUCAAGUGGCUUUAAUCAAUCCUCUUGCUUUUAUUGCACCUGAUGCCGAAGAAGAGGCACGUCUUAACGGCAUAUGGAAGGGAAGAAUCAUUAGUAGCGAAGUUCACACUCCAUCUGAAGAAGAAUCCUCAGGUAGAAACAGCUUAGGUGAAACAAAAUUGGAUGGUACUUUGCUAGGGGUUGUUAAUGGUGACAAUAAUAAUGAUUCUGGAUUACUUGGUAGUCUGGGAGGUACAUCAAGCGUCUCAAGAUUGAAUUCAGUGGCUUCUGAAAGUUAUGGAUCUGUUAGAGAUGGUUGUCAACUUUCUCAUGGAAGUCCUGAAACGGUUAGAUCUGCUUUUAGUAAAUCCUCUGUGUUGGAUGGGAGCGAGUCCGCUGUAGCUUCUUUCGAGCAAGAUUAUACAGGCAAGCUGCAGCAACCAGAUAUUGAAGUGAAUCACGCAGAAGGGUCUAUGCAACCUGAGGAGUUUUUGUUCUUGUAUAUUGAUCCUCAAGGAGUAAUUCAGGGACCGUUCAUUGGUUCUGACAUUAUUUCAUGGUUUGAACAAGGGUUUUUUGGGACAGACCUACAAGUUCGUUUGGCAAAUGCCCCAGAAGGCACUCCUUUUCAAGAUCUAGGCAGGGUCAUGUCAUAUUUAAAGACAGAAAGUGUUCAUGUCCCUAGUAGUGACCAAAUGAGUGAGUUAGAAGAGACUAGUUUAAAAGCAAAUUCAGAGGCUGGUUUACCAAUUGCACCUCUAGCAGAUGAUUCAUCCUCUAUGACUGGUGUGUCUCGUUCGUUUUCUGUGUAUAACAACUCCUCAGCUCAGGAUAAUUUUCAGAGAAAGUCUGAGUCAGAUUUUGUAAGACCGCCACAUGCCGAGGAUCGAAGUUUCUUGAACUUCUCUGCUCAGGAUGAAGAAAUUGUAUUCCCAGGAAGAGCUGGAGGUUCUGGUUAUGCAUCGUCGGUAAAAUCUUCGACAAGUAUGCAUGAUGCUUUAAUGGAAUUUUCUGGCCAGUCUGCUAUUCCUGUUGAAUCAACUAAGGCUGCUGCUACACGUAAUCAGAAUGAGAAUAAGCUGCACCCGUUUGGUGUUUUGUGGUCUGAGCUAGAGAGUGGUAGUGCACCAGUUAACCAGUCAUCAAACAGGUCUUAUGGUGCAAUGGAGGAGCUUACUGGUUCAGUAGACAACCGUCUCAUUAAUUCCCGAAGAAAUACACAAAUUGACCCCAGCAUGUCCCUUGAUAGUCUGGCUGCUAACCGGAUGUCGCAGUUUGAACAUGAGUCCAACUUCUUUAACCAUGGGGAUCAACUUACAUCAAAUCAACAUCAGCAACUGCAAUUCCAGAAUCGGGAUAUGCUAUCACAGUUACAUAUAGGUGAUCAAGCUCAGGAUCUGGAGCAGUUAAGAACUUUCCAGUUGCAGCAACAACAAAAAAUUCAGUUGCAACAACAGCAGAAGAUUCAGUUGCAACUACAGCAGAAAAUUCAGUUGCAACAACAGCAGAAGAUUCAGUUGCAACAGCAUCAGCUGCAACAAGAACAUCAGUUACAUCAGAAGCUCUUACAGGAGCAACAACAGUCCCAUGCUCGACAGUUACAUUUUCAACAGAUUUUACAAGGACAGACUCCGGAUUCAAGGUUUGGGCAGUCACAUGACUUCCUUCGGUCCAAUAAUGUUGAUCAGAUGUUGUUAGAGCAGCAGCUGAUGAAUGAAUUGCAGAACAGUUCUGGCCAUCCGUCACAAAAUUUUGCACCAUACAUUGAGCAACUUGCUGCAGGAAAUUUUGGGCAGUUGUUACAUGAAGGCCACCAAAGGGAGUUACUUGAACAGCUACUUUCAACGCAAAAGCAAUCUCAAUAUGGACAAAUGCAAUCACAACAUGGACAACUGCAAUCUGAUCCAAUCCGGUCUUUGGAGUACCAGCUACUGCAGCAAGAGCAGCUUAUGCAAUUGGCUAAUGGAGUGAGGCACGAUACAUUAUUGGAGGAACAAAGACAUAUUGACCCUCUGUGGCCGUCUGACCAUAAUGAUCAGCUUCUAAGAAGUCAUUCUGGGAUCCACCGGUCGCGCUCUUCUGCAGGAUUUAGACCAUUAGAGUUUCAUCAACAGCAGCAGAGGCCACCCUUUGAGGAUCAAUUUGGUCAACUUGAGCGGAACCUUUCAUAUCAGCAACAACUUCGACAAGAAUUAUUCGAACACGGUCUUCCAUUUGAGCGAUCAGCAUCGGGGAUGAAUCUGGAUGCAGUAAAUGGUCUUGGUCUCUCUCAAGGUCUGGAGUUGCGGGAUGCUACUCCCCACAUGCAAUCUUCUGGUAGAUUGGGAAAUUCCACACUGGGUUUUAACCAUCAGAAUCCCCGCAUACAAUUAGGUGAACCACAUUUUUCACAAUUGGAACCAACUGAAGGUCGCUGGUCUGGAGCUGAUACACAGCUAGCUGGUGACUGGGCUGAAUCUCAAUUUCGUAGAUCAAAUGUGGAUAUUGAACAUCAUAAAAUGAGGUCUGAAAUUAGGAGGCAGGGUGAUGAUUCCAACGCAUGGAUGGUAGGUGGAUCUACAAACGACAAGUCAAAGCAGCUCUUUAUGGAGUUGCUCCACCAGAGACCCGGCCAUCAAUUUACUGAGUCACUAAGCAUGAAACUUGGGGAUACUUGUGAGAGGAUGGCGCCAUCAGGCCUUACCCCAGAGAUUCAAACACCUGGCGGCCUUUCAGGCCAUGGUGGUAAUCUAAAUGCUUCAUCUUCCUUUGGGGCUCGUUCAUUAUCGGAUGAACAGGUCAACAGAAUGCCAGGAGAUAGGAAUAAUAUGGGACCAUUGCACCGUAAUAGUUCCUUGCUUUCUGGAAUUAUCGAUGGUGGGCGGUCCACUCAGAAUGAAGCUCAAGCCUUCAAUAAUAUGUUUCCUAUGAACAAGGACACAAAUGACACUAAAAAUUGGAACAGUGUGCCACUUAAAAAUGAGGGAAUGGGAAGGAAGAUGUCAUUUGAAUCCCUAGACAGAGUGGGCAAGCAAGCAGUAUUAGACUCUCUGGUUCAAGGGGAGCUUCCUGUUGUUACGCUUGGCCAACGACAGUCUUCUUUCAAUAUCUCUGACCAAUACAGUGACAACUUGGUUGGAGAAGAUAGAAGGAAAGAUAGGUUGGUAGUGCCAUCACAUGGGCAGGAAUCAGUUUUGUUAAAAAGGCCUCCCUCAUCCCAUUCUUCAUCAUCACAUGAAGGAUUGCUCGAGCGUAUGUCUGACGCAGCUAGCAGGACAGCAAGUUCUUAUAGUGGGGUCGAAGGAGGUGUGAGACGGGAAUCAGGAGCAGCAGGAAACAAAGGGUUGGCGUCAGAACCGUCAUUCAGUGAGAUGUUGAAGAAGAGUAAUAACAUGAAGAAGGUGGCGGUAGAGUCAUCUGAUACAACCGAAGGAAGCAAAGGUGGCGGUGGGAAGAAGAAAGGGAAGAAAGGGAGACAGAUAGAUCCUGCUCUUCUCGGUUUUAAAGUCACUAGCAGCCGCAUUCUAAUGGGAGAGAUCCACCGCGCUGAUGAUUUCUAACAUUUCGUUAUUUUGUACAAAAUCUUUACUUGUAAAGAUUAGCUCCUCAUACUUAGGUCGUAUAGUUCUUUUCCAAACACAUUUCUUCCAUCACAUUAGAACACAGGGAAUAAUAAAAGUUCUUUUAGUUCAAAAAAUGUUUGGUUCA